UUUUAAUUUGGAGUGUCAUUAUGUACCUUAGGUUUUAUUUAGAUGAGAAUAAGAAGAGAGUGUAUACCCUCAAGUUCCAAGCCCCAGACGGUAGCGCAACCUUCUCAGCCCAUCCAGCCAAGUUCUCGCCUUGCGAUCCAAACUCUGAUGAGAGAAUUAAGUGUAAGAAGAGAUUUGACUUGUUGCUCACCCAGUCAAAGCCAGUUAAGCUAUAAAUCUAAUGCAAAAUUUCUGAAAAAUGACUU